AUGGCCGAAACCAACCCUCAACUUGCUCACACUGGUCAUGAUUCCCAAGUCUCUGUAGAAGGCUUGGAGAAAAACAGUGACCAGCAGUCGAAGGAACUUUCUGACGCCGAGCUUGAAGAUGCAGAAAAGGCCGGCAAGCCAACACCGAAUCCCUUGACGGAUCCCAAAUCUUUUCCGGAAGGGGGUGCAAAAGCAUGGCUCACCGUCGCUGGCGCUUCUGCCUGUCUCUUCGUAUCCUUUGGCUGGAUCAAUUGUGUCGGGGUCUUCCAGCAAUACUAUCAGACGCAUCAGCUCAAAGAGUACACUACAUCUGACGUCUCCUGGAUCCCCGCCCUACAAAUUUUCUUCAUGCUCUUUGGUGGUUCAUUCGUUGGCAGAAUCUACGAUCAAUACGGGCCCCGCUACCUUUUACUGGUCGGCACCUUUUUGCACGUCUUUGGCUUGAUGAUGACGAGCAUUUCAUCAAAAUACUAUCAACUCCUCCUCAGCCAAGCCAUCUGCUCUCCUAUCGGAGCAUCCAUGGUCUUCUAUCCCGCGUUUACUUGUGCAUCAACGUGGUUCUUUGAGAAGCGAGGCGCUGCUCUUGGCCUAGUCGUAGCUGGAUCUUCGCUAGGCGGCGUCAUUUUCCCCAUUAUGAUUAUCCAUCUGAUUCCAGAAGUUGGCUUUGGCUGGACGUUGCGUAUCUGUGCUUUCCUGAUAUUGGCGCUGCUCACUUUCGCAAAUCUGACCGUGCGCUCGAGAAUUCCCCCAAUGAAGCGCCCAUUCAGCUUAAUGGCUUUCAUCCGUCCUCUGAAGGUGCCGAGUUUCUCGCUUUUGACCGCGGCAGUCUUCUUCUUCUACUGGGGCAUGUUCGUACCCUUCACGUUCAUCGUCGUGGAGGCGCAAUCGCACGGCAUGUCUCUGCGUCUUGCCAACUACCUCGUUCCGAUUUUGAAUGCCGCAAGUAUAAUUGGACGCACUGUUCCUAAUGCUAUUGCCGAUAAGGUUGGUCGUUUCAAUGUCAUGGUCGUUAUGAGCAGUUUCACGACCAUCCUCAUUCUUGCACUAUGGCUGCCAGCAACCGGUAACGCCGCCAUUAUCGUCUUCGCCGCAUUGUUCGGUAUUGCUUCAGGUGCUGGUAUUGGCCUCACUCCGGCACUCUGCGCACAAGUUUCGCCCAUUCAAGAAAUCGGCAUUCGUACGGGCACCAUCUUCACGAUUGCAGCUUUUGCAGCAUUGACCGGCUCACCAAUUGGAGGUCAGAUCAUCGGUGAUACCCAUGAUGGCUCAUUCCGAUACGCUAAAGUCUUUGGGGGUGUGAGCUGUGCCAUCGCCACGGCCCUUUUCAUCAUAACGAGGAUUAAUCUUGCCGGGUUUAAGAUGACAAAAAUUUGA